CCCCCAAAAUUUAUUGUUUUUUUUUCUAUUUUUGUGUAAAAAUCAUAAUGCGGUUCAUAGAAUACAUCUACUUACCAAGUUUGAACAGUAUAGCUUUUAUUGUUUCGGAAAAAAGUGGCUGUGACAGAAUCGGACAGACAGACGGACAUGACGAAUCUAUAAGGGUUCCGUUUUUUGCCAUUUGGCUACGGAACCCUAAAAACAAGAAUAUCAAAAAACCAAAACUACAGACACGGCUACUGGUAAUAUUGAGCUCAUAUAAAAAUAUUCCUCUAGGGCCAAAAUACAGAGAGGAAAACGUCGAGUACGUUUGUACCUAUGGAAAAAUGACCACUAAUGUUUCCUCUUAAUAUUGUUAUUUAAAGUCCUUCGUGAAUUUAGCGUUUGUAUAGGUUAUUUAAUUGAUUAUGCCAAAUUUAGUUAUUAAGAAAACACGACAAAUCACUUUGUGUGAAUAAAAAUUAAAAACAUUCAGUUUGCUAACGUACGAUAUCAUCUUACGUUUCACAGGAGUGAAGCUAGCAACACAGCAACAUGGUCGACCGGUUCAUCGACCUCUGCUACGAGGCGGACCUGGACACGUCCGAGCACCCGGAACUGCUGGAGCUGGCGCGCGAGUUGGUCGACGAGGACCCUGACACCAGGGCUGCGGCCAUUCAGGAGCUCCGGAACAUGAUAUACGAGCGGGGCGAGUGCUCGCCGCGGCGCAUGGACGACGCGUUCCUGCUCAAGUUCCUACGCGCGCGCCGCUUCGCCGUGCGCCGCGCGCACAGACACUUGGUGCGGUACUGCAACUUCCUGGAGCAGUACCCGUACCUGUACCGAGACGUGGAUUUCUGGGCGCUGACGAAGGUGAAGGGCGCCUACGAGGCCGCCAUGCUCGACCCGCCCGGCGUCGGCCGCCUGCUCAUCGCGCGGUUCGGCACAUGGGACCCCGACGACUUCCCCGUGGAGGACCUGGUGCGCGCCGCGCUGGCCUUCAUGGAGAUCGGUCUACGCACGCCGCGCGCGCAGGUGCUGGGCGGCACCGCCAUCUUCGACCUCGAGGGCAUCACCAUGAAGCACAUCGCCACGCUCACGCCCACCGUCGCCUACCAGAUCGUCUGUCUGACCGGAUACGCGCUCCCCGGCAUUAUGCACGGCUGCCACAUCAUCAACUACAACUGGCUGUUGAACACCUUCUUCUUCCUCUUCAAGCGCUUCAUCAGCAGGAAGGCCUGGGCCAAAAUCCACUUCCACGGCAGCGACCUGGAGUCGCUGCAUCGGUACGUCCCGCGCGAGUGCCUGCCGGCGCGCUACGGCGGCACCUGCCGGCUGCACACCGACUUCGAGACGGGCCUCAACAAGAUCAAGAAGUACAGAGACGAAGCGUUUGAUCGGGAGCUGAAGGAGUUUGGGUUUUUGAUGAAGGAGUGAUGUAUAGAGGGCCUCAUUAGUCUUGCCUUGGCCGUUCAUUCAUUUUGAUGGUCCUUCUGUACGGUUUGUGUAGACUUCUCGGUU